GGAAUGACAUGAUUGUAUUGGGAUUGUUGGAGAAACUCAAAGUGCUCAAGUUGGAUGACAAUGCAUUCUCAGGAGAACAUUGGGAUCUAAGCAGUGAUGUUAUUUUCAAAGGGCUUCAGUAUUUGCGCAUUGGUAAGAUGAACCUCAAAACAUGGACAGCUGUGGACUCAAAGAAAAGCUUUCCAGUUCUUGAAAGCCUGGUUAUCAGGAAUUGUAUUUUCCUACAAAAUAUUCCACAGGAUUUUGCUAACAUGGACAGCCUUAAAGUGAUGGAACUGUUUGAGGUGAAGGUGUCUGAUUUUGCAAGAGAGAUUUGUGAGAAAAGGCAUGGCAAAACAAAUGUCAAAAUCAAUGGAUUCAACCUCUUCAUCACUCCUCUUCCGUCACAAGCAACAGUACAUAACCAAGCAUAUGGGAAUGAACAUGUCAACACGAGAGGAUUCCACCACUCCAGCACCUCUAUUCAGUCACAAGAAAUUGUAAAUAACCAAGCUACCCAAGCAUAUGGGGAUGAAAAUGUCAACACCAGUAGAUUCGACCAACCCAGCACCUCUACUUCAUCACAAGAAAUUGUACAUAAGCAAUCAAACAGGGAGGAAAAUGUCAACACCAGUGGAUUCGACCACCCCAGCACCUCUACUCCGUCACAAGAAAUAGUUUGUGAUGAUGAUUAAUUGUUCAAUUCGGUCAGCUAUGUCAAUUGCUUUCUUGAAAUAAAAGAAUUAGAGUUGAUGCGUUUGUUUCUCUUGAUGUAAAGAAUGUGUGGAUCAGAAUUGAGAGUGGAUUGAGCUUGAUUGCCUCAGACAUGUGGUUCGAUGAAUUCCCAAUCAUGAGUGGCGUGCAAUCAUGUUGAAAGCCAAUUUAAGCUAAGUGUGUGUUAGUGAUUUCAUAUUGUUGAAUUGGGAGAUUAUUUUUGAAUUUCCAGUUUGUGAUUACUUUCGCAUGACUUUCAUAUGGUAUUUUGGUAUCGUAGUCAAUUAAGGAGUGAAGGUUAUUUAUCGUUUUUCUUCGAUGUACUGCAUACUUGUCUUGGGCUCUUGGCAGUAUGAAUUUGCUUGUGACUGAAAUAAAUUACACACUUUAGACGUUC